AUGCCUACUUAUGUGAAGUUUCUAAAAGACAUCUUGGCCAAGAAAAAGAGAUUGGGUGAGUAUAAGACUACUGCACUUCCUAAGGAGUGUAGUGCCAUCAUUCAGAACAAGGUUCCACUAACACUCAAAGAUCCUGGUGCAUUAUUUUUUGCUAAAGCUUUGAGUGGUUUAGGAGCUAGUAUUAACCUGAUGCCUUUGUCAAUUUAUAGAAAGUUGGGUUUGGGAGAAAUUAAGCCCACCAGUGUGACACUACAACUUGCUGAUCUAUCUCUCACAUAUCCAAGAGGAGACUAUUUGCACACUACUAGAGCACUCAUUGAUGUUGAGAAGGGAGAGCUUACCUUGAGAGUUCAAGACCAAAAGGUAACUUUCAAUAUUUAUAGAGCUUUGAUAUUUCCUAAUGAUUCUGAUGAAUGUUUUGUAGUAAGUGCAAUAAAUAGUGUCACUAGUGAGGUAUUUAUUGAAAACCAUCCCAAAUAUCCACUUAAGGCAUCUUUAGUUGCUAAUUCUAAGAGGGAUGAUGACGAGCUCCUUGAGUAUGUGAAUAUGUUGGAUGCUUCAUCUUGGAUUUUAAGAGCCUAA